AUGGCAUCCUCCUCGCCGCCGCACGUCGCGGAGGACGUGCCCCCGUUCCUGCAGCUCCUCAGCGACGGCACGGUGAUCCGCUUCACUGACUGCUACCCGCUCCCCAUCCCGUCACUGCCGCCCGGCCAGCCCGUUGUCGACUGGAUGGACGUCCUCUACGACGCUAGCUACGGCCUCAAGCUCCGCAUCUACAGGACGACGGCAGCCUCCUCCUCCGGGAACAAGCUCCCGGUGAUCGUCUACUUCCACGACGGUGGGUACAGCAUUGGCAGCUUCGACAUGCCCAACUUCCACGUGUGCUGCGUCCGCCUCGCCAGCGAGCUCCCGGCUGUUGUGCUCUCUGCACACUACCGCCUCGCCCCCGAGCACCCUUUCCUCGAGGGCCUCGACGAUGCGGCGAACGUCGUGUCCUGGGUGCGCGCCCAGGCGGCGGCGGCAGAGGACAGUGCCGUUGACGUAGCCCCGGAGCCAGCUGCCACCGCCAUCGACGACUACUACUACCCCGAGGGUGGCUACUCCUACGUGCAGGCCGCCGACGACCAGGGAUAUUGUUGCUUCCGCUGA